GGCGUAGAACGAGGUUCCUCGGAUGAAUGAGCGGUGGCCUAGCAUCAGCAACGCUGUCUACCCGCUGUCGAGAAGGUGCAAGGGAGCGUCUGGUAGUGCGAAUGGACGUGGAGUGAGUCAGAGCGCGGGCGCAGCGACCGCAGCCAACCAGCCUCCACCCCUCCCAGUUCUCUCUCGGUCUGCAACCGGAGCAAAGAGAUGGUCGCAGCUCGCUCCCAAGACACUGCCGGCGCAGCUGCCGCUUCGUCCUCGUUCUCGUCUUCGGCGUGGCGCCGCUUCGACUUCUACGACACCAAGACGGUGCGAGACGUGGGCGACUUUGGUUCCGCUCCGCUCGCCAUCGUCGGGCAAGCUGGCAGCAGCAUCAAGGAUAUUGCUGCAGUCUGCGCCUGUCGCUUUCGUCCGCCCAUAGAUGCUGCUGCUGUUGGUGCAGCUGCAUGCGUUGGAGAUAGGCAAAGGGCAGCGCGAGACGGUCCUGUUGGUCGGGGAAUAGCCAACGGCAAGGGUGCGGGAAAGGCCAAUGGCAGCUUGGUCGAGGCGCACGAGCAGGCAUCAGCGACAGGUCCAUUGGCCGGCGGCAGCGUCCUAAUCGGCUUCACGACCGGCAAGUUGAGCAUCCUGGAUCCUGCGCGCUACGUCACUCUCGCCUCAUUCUAUGCUUUUGGCGCGGAUCCGCACGCUGACGACGUGGAGGUCGACGCCGACGGCUACCGAAUCGCGGGCCAGGCGCCAGGGCUCGUGUCGGGCGGCAGAAUUACACACAUCUCCACGGAUUCGGUAGGGCGUCUGAUCACGGUAGGCGAAGAGGAAGGUGCGCGCUUCCCAAUCCUGCGAAUAUGGAACAUCCUAGAGGCUGGCAGCAGCGCGUCCGAUCGUCCCAACCAGCUUAUGCGAGCACAUCCGACGCAGCACGACGCAUCGACUUCACGCGCAUGGACCCCGCGCCUGCUCGCAGAAGCCAAGGUGCAGCACGGAGCGCGGCCGACUCCCGUCGCUUGCGUCGCGCAUACGCCGAGCCUCAGCUUCCUCAGCAUCGGGCUCGCAGACGGCACAGUCCUGCUGAUGCGGGAUGUGGACGAUGCGCUGAAGAGCGCGUCUCCCGAGCCGCUUGCGUCUUCAUCAGGGCCGCUGGCGCAGCAUCCGGCUCAAAGCACAGGCAUACAAGUUCCCGCGAACGUUGUGGCACUGCCGAAAUUCAAGGUCAUCCUGCAGCAGCCGACGCGCGAGAAGGCCGCGCCGCUGGAACCCCUGACCGGUUUGGCAAUGAGCAGCCAUGCUGAAUAUCCUGUAGCCGGUACUGCGGCCCACAGGCCAGGUGCAAGAGGCGUUAAUGCCAGAGGAGGAGCGGGCGUGACAUUGGCAUCGGCAUCUGCAGCUAAUGGCGCCGGGCCUGGAGCUCGAAGACCCGGCGUGAGGUCGUCGGAGCGUAAGGCCGCCUUACCCGCAAAGGCAGCAGGUGGGCAGGGGUCAGGACCAGGCGCAAGGUCAUCAGCGCGUUCCAAGGCAUCUCCGUACCAAUUGCGCGGGUCUCCCAACCAGGCAUCGUCAUCCUCGCCUCCCGUGUCGUCCUCGGUCUACCUCUUCAUCGUCACGCCGACGCGGCUCCUGCGCUACGUCGUCAUUGGCACCGGCGCCGGUUCCACGCCGAGCGUCGUUGAUGACGUCGGCUGCGCCCUGGGCUGUGCUGCCGUCGUGCCCUCCACUCUGGCUGUCGCUCCUGCUCCCGGCCCAAGCAUCGCUGGCGGGAGCACGCUGUCGGUACCGCUUACCGGCGGGGUCGCGUCCGGUGCCGGAUCCGGGGCCGCAGGUGCGGAAGCGGCAGGCUUGGCAGGUAAGAUCGUUCUCGCGCGGGACGAAGCGAUCUAUCUGGCCGGGAGCGAGGGGCGGGAGGCGUGUCUUGCACUCGAGGGUGCAAAAGCGCAGGUCAAGCUCGUUGCUGAUGACAAUGCGCUGGCAUCAGCUGAUGGCAGCGGCGGCGGAGCGGCUGCCGCCAGCCAUCACCUCAUUCUCAUAUCGCCGCCCGUUCCCGCUUCGGCGGUCGAAGGCAAUCCCAGUUUGGCAGGCUUACAGGGAAAGGACGUGGCAAGAGUGACCAUCUUCGACCUCGACAACAAGUUGAUCGCGUACUCGGGCAUGUUCGCAGGUGGCGUCCGGCACGUGUGGAUCGAGUCAUCCGCCGAGCCCUCGGCGUCCUGCGCGCGCAUCUGUGUCCUGAGCGACGAUGGCGUUCUCACGCGCUUGAACGAGAAGCCGCUGCGCUCCAAGAUCGAGAUCCUCUACCGCAAGAACCUCUUUCUCCUCGCCAUUGGGCUCGCAAGGAGCUACCAGGUCGCCUUGUUGCACGCUGGCGGUGUCGGCUACACCACCGUUGCUGGAGGCGAAGCGGCGGCUGUCGAAAGGGCAAGAGCGAUCGACCCGAUCUUGGCUAGCAUCCAUCGCAAUUACGCUGAGCACCUCUACUCCAAAGGUGACUUUGAUGCUGCUGUCAACCAGUUCGUCAAAACAAUCGGCUGGACCCAGCCGAGCUAUGUCAUUCGCAAGUUUCUGGACGCGCAACGCAUCACGAAUCUUACGGAAUAUCUGCAGGAGCUCCACACUUGCGGCCUCGCUAAUUCGGACCACACGACCCUGCUGCUGAAUUGCUAUACGAAGCUCAAGGAUGUUGCUGCGCUGGAUACUUUUAUCCGCCGGCCUUCAACGCUCGCGAGUGGUGAGGACGACAAGCGCAGGAAACACUCGAAGAGCGGGUCAGGGGCCAGAGACGCUGUGAAUGCCGACGCAGAAGCAGACAGCGACGAAGGCGAGGAAGAGGAGGAUGAUUUGAACGCCGAACGGGAGCAGCUGCCUUUUGACCUGGACACUGCGAUCAGAGUGUGCAGGCAAGGUGGCUUCUUUUCGCAUGCAUCAUACUUGGCGAAGCGUUAUGAGGUUCACGACGAGUACAUGCGCAUUCAGGUGGAGGACACGCAGAACUUUGACGAUGCACUGCUCUAUAUUCGUGAAUCCUCGCCGGAAACAGCUGAGCGCAUGCUGAAAGAGUAUGGGAGAAUUCUGUUGGUAAAUCUGCCAGAGGCAACCACCACACUUCUCAUUGAGCUUUGCUCUGGGCACUUUCGAAAGGGCUUCAUUCCGAACGCCUUGCCGAGCGAUAAGCCCGCUGCUCAGCCCGGGACAGCAUCGUCCGCAGCGCAGUACCUCUCGUCGUACCUGCACGUCGCCAACUACCUGCGCAGCAGCCGCUCAGCAACCGCGACCAAUGACAGAGCCAAAGCGGGCGUCAGUGUCGCGCCACAGUCAGCGCCACUAACUUACGACCCUCCUCCCCCUCAGUCAUUCUUUGCUCAUUUUGCGCGAAAUCCCGCCGAAUUCAUGCUCUUCCUCGAAUCUGUUGCUCUACUUCGUUUCGGCCAACAAGUCGACAUGGGAGCUGCUCCGCCGUUGCGACGCAGUGCAUCGCAGAGAGACUUACUCGCCGGCGCCGACCUGGAAGAAACCCUUGGCUAUGAAAGCGAAGAGACAAAGGCCCAACGAGCUAUUUGGAACACCCUCCUAGAGCUGUACCUCAGACCGUCAGAAGCAGACGAAGAUGGUGUGACAGACACGACACGGCGGAAAAAGGCGCUGCGCCUUUUGGAACAGCAUGCCAAUCUUCCAUACGACGUCACACGCGCUUUGCUGCUAUGCGCAACGCACGACUUUGCCGAUGGCGAGGUCUACCUUUUCGAGCGACUGGGCCUUCAUGAAGACAUCAUCCAUUUCUGGAUCUCACGAAGGGAGCUCAAUGUGGGGGAGGAAGACGCGCAUGCAAAGCUGAUGGACGCAUUGAACACCUUCGGGUCCGAAAAGCCGGAGCUGUACCCUGCUGUCCUGCGACAUAUCGUGUCCUCAGACGCUUUCCUCGCCGAUCAUGCCAACGAUGUCAUGCACAUUUUGCGAUACAUCGAAGAUGAAAAGCUCAUGAGUCCCUUGGAAGUUGUGCAGACCCUCUCGCGUACACCUGCAGCCAGCGUCGGUCUCGUACGAGACUACCUCAUCCGAGCCAUUGUUAGCGAGCGCGAAGAAAUUGACUCCGAUUUGCGACUCAUCGAGUCAUACCGCGCAGAGACGGCAAAGAAGCAAGCCGAGGUGGCGGCUCUGACCAACGAGGAUCAACCUCGCGUGUUCCAAGUCACGACAUGCGCUGCGUGCGGCGGGCCCCUCGACCUGCCGAGCGUACACUUCAUGUGCAAGCAUAGCUACCACCAACGCUGCAUCAUUGAGAAUGAGGCCGAGUGCCCAUCCUGCGCAAGGGCGCAUGCGACGGUCCGCGAAAUCCGCAGGGUGAACCAGAUGGCAGCAGAUCGUCACGACUUAUUCUUGCGAGAAGUGGAGGAAGCGGAUGAUGGCUUUGCUGCCACGGCACGUAUGUUUUCGAAGGGUUUGCUUAGCCUGCAGGCUCCAGAAUAGAACCAUAGCAUCAU